AUGGCACCACGUUUAGAAGAAUCAGAAAUCAAGAAAUAUUGGCAAAUUUUUAAAGGUUUGAAUCCGAUUGAUAAUAAAUUAACUGGUGAUAAAGUUGCACCAGUCCUUAAAAAUUCAAGAUUACCAGAUUCCCAAUUAUCUAAAAUAUGGGAAUUAAGUGAUAUUGAUAAUGAUGGUAAAUUAGAUUUUGAAGAAUUUUGUAUUACAAUGAGAUUAAUAUUUGAUUUAGUAAAUGAAUCAAUAUCUGAAAUUCCCACAGAAUUACCUUCAUGGUUAAUUCCAUCAUCUAAAUUAGCUAUUAUACAAGCAAAUAAAGCGGUCAGUCGAGGAGGCGAAUCAUUUGAUUUAGAUGAAGAAGAAGCUUUAAGUGAUGAUUUUGAUUGGUAUAUAUCACCAACUGACAAAUCAACAUAUGAAACUAUUUAUAAUUCAAAUAGUGAUUCAUUAGGUAGGGUUAAAUUUAAUUCAUUAAAUUCAUUAUAUGAUACAUUAUCAAAUGUUCCUAAAUCUGAUAUAUCGUCAGCUUGGAAUUUAGUUAAUCCAAAAUCUUUUGAAAGUAUAGAUAAAGAUCAGACAUUGGUAUUUUUACACAUUUUAAAUCAAAGAGAAAAUGGGAAACGUAUUCCAAGAGGUGUUCCAGCUAGUUUACGAGCUACAUUCUCAAAAGAAUUACCAAAUUAUGAUCUAAGUGCUCAAAAUAAGCCACAUUAUGAUACCGUAAAGCAAAGUUCAAAAAGAUCGUUUGCUGAAAAUUAUUUAAAUAAGAUAGGUCAAGGUAGUAGAAAUAAUAAAGGGACUGAUUUUUCAGCAACUGAAGGUACUGAUUGGGAAGAAGUUAGAUUAAGAAGAGAAUUACAAGAUUUAGAAACUUUAUUAGAAAAGGUGCAAAAUAAUUCUAAAUCAAGUGAAAAAGAGAGUACGAAUAACGAUUUAAUAACCUAUGAAUUUGAACAACUACUCAAAUAUAAGACAGAGAAAUUAAAUGAGCCUAAAAGUCAAAGACCAACAAAUUUAUCAAAUGUCAAAUCUGAUAUUGAUGACAUACAAAAUCAAGUAAACACCCUAGAAGAAUUCUUAUCAACACGAAAUCAAGAACUUUCGAAGUUAAAUAAGGAAAUUGAUGCUUUAAAAUAA